AAGCGGUGCCUAGGCCACCCCUCGAGCGGCCAUCUUGGAAGCUGAGCGGCGGUAGCAGCGAAGACGCUGCGGCGGGUGCGGUGGGCUAAGUCCCAGCGCGGGUGCGGCUUACAGAACGGGCCUCACUCUUUCGCACCCUGCUCUGGCCUCGACCACGGCGAACCUGAACGCGGCGGCGGCCUCAGGGAGAGGUGCUGGGCAAGUUGAGCUCUCUGGCCCACAUGGCUUCUGAAGCCAAGAACUUGGGGACAAUGCUUUCUGGAAGCAUUUCUUGGCCAUGCUGGACUGUAACCUUGUUCCUGGUGUGAACAUUCUUGGAAGCAUCAGGCAAAAGCCCUUGAUUCUGCCAGAAAGAUGAGCAAUAACAGCAAUAAGAGAGCUCCAACAACAGCAACACAAAGGUUGAAACAGGACUACCUUCGAAUUAAGAAAGAUCCGGUGCCUUACAUCUGUGCGGAGCCCCUCCCUUCAAAUAUUCUUGAAUGGCAUUAUGUUGUCCGAGGCCCUGAGAUGACGCCUUAUGAAGGUGGCUAUUAUCAUGGAAAACUAAUUUUUCCCAGAGAAUUUCCAUUUAAGCCUCCUAGUAUUUACAUGAUAACCCCCAAUGGAAGGUUUAAGUGCAAUACAAGGCUGUGUCUCUCCAUCACAGAUUUCCACCCAGACACAUGGAAUCCAGCAUGGUCUGUCUCCACCAUUCUAACAGGGCUUCUGAGCUUCAUGGUGGAAAAGGGCCCCACCCUGGGCAGCAUAGAGACAUCAGACUUCACGAAAAGACAGCUGGCAGCACAAAGUUUAGUGUUUAAUUUAAAAGAUAAAGUCUUUUGUGAAUUAUUUCCUGAAGUUGUGGAGGAAAUUAAACAGAAACAGAAAGCACAAGAUGAACUAAGUAGCAGGCCCCAGAACCUUCCCUUGCCAGACGUGGUUCCUGAUGGGGAGAUGCACCGUGGCCAGAAUGGGAUCCAGCUCCUCAAUGGGCAUGCACCUGCUGCCGGCCCAAACCUCGCUGGGCUCCCACAGGCCAACAGGCAUCAUGGACUCCUGGGCGGCGCUUUGGCGAACUUGUUUGUUAUAGUUGGGUUUGCAGCCUUUGCCUACACGGUCAAGUAUGUGCUGAGAAGCAUAGCACAGGAAUGAGGCUCAAGAGCCGCAAUCUACAGUUGCUGCUGAGGGACGCAGGGGCCAGAGCUUGAUGCAGGCGGGAUGGACAUGCUCCUGAGCACAGGAUGGCCUGCUGGACUCCUGGGCUUCACUUUUUAAAAACCUUAAAACGAAAGCAAAAACCAAAAUGUGUGAUUUGGAGGAGAUUGGAGCUUCCUAACUCCCUCUUGAGGCUGAUGUGGACAAGGGCCACUCACGCUUUGGUUUCAUUGCUUAUCUCCUGUGUUGUCUUUUGGACCUGUUUAGUAAACCUGUUUUUUUUGUUUUUGUUUUUCCAUUUUAUUAGAUUUGAUCACUUAAAAAUAUAAAACUUAAAUGCCUAUCAAAUAAAUACUCUGUGUGUGUUCUUAGUAAAGAGCUGUAGGCUUCAUGGUGGGGCCAGUGCUGCACACCUCCAGUGGUGGCUAAGUGGGCUGACUGGUAACAGCUGUAGUUGGGGGUCUAGGAGAGGAGUGAUUUGGCCUCAUUAUCAAACUGUGCUUAUGAAUGAGAAGGAAAUAUGUAUAGAAAGUGCUUAUUCUGUUCUUGUUAAGAUAGAAGAGUCAACUUGCUAUCUGACCACAAACAGUGGCUGAGGACUAUAGUGAAGGCUUGGAGGAUAGGGGUGGCCCUGGCAUUGCUGUCAACCUUAAUAUCUGUCCCUUCUUUCAGCUCUUUUGAGUGAUGAAGAAGCAGGGUCCCUGAGAGCCUAUUGAGCCUUUUCUCUGAAUUCCUUAUGUCUAGUUGGCCAGAAGCCUGUAUUCUUCCUAUGUUGAUGGACAGUGGAAAAUUCAAGUCCCCAUGGACCUGGCUUACGUAUUUUGAGGCUCUCCAAGUUCUCUCAACAUCCUUUUUAGGUGACCUGUAUUAGAUGUUGAUUUCUACAGAUCGUGGAAAGGCAAACUGCCCAGAAAACAUAUUUAAGUGUUUAAGCUGGCAAGUUCUCAGUUUUUAGGCAUUUGACUCCAUCAUAGCCAACAUCUUACCCUCUUAGUGUUUGUGUUUAAUAUAUCUGCAGUAAGGUACCAGGUGGAGGCAGUGACAUUGUCUGUGUUGGACUUCAGUCAUUACUAGGGGACCCAAAGAGUCUCCUAAACCAACUUCAUUUCAGAGACCAGUGGUAAAGCUGAAAUGCAACCUUCACGAUCAUUUUGGUUUAGUUCUGUAAUUUACAAUUAGUAUAUACCUUCUCCUGAAAAGGUUUUAGUUAUACCUUCGUUCUUAAAUGCUAUGCUGUCUAUGCUAAUGUCCUUCCCUAGUACACUGUGAGCAAGAGUCAUGCCUGGCUUGAGAGGAGGGUAUGAUGCUGUUGCCAAAAGGUGGAUUGACAACCCUUGGCCUGCAAAGCUUGCAGCUGUGGGCUGAGAUGUGUCUGUGUAUGACAUGGUGGCAGUGGGUGAGACUUGAACUUCCUUUUAGCACUAGACAUUAGUUCUUCCCUGGUCCUGGAGUACUCCAUUGCACUUAGGUAACUGUUUAGCAUCAAUUCCAAAGUCUCCUUAUUUCCUAAAGUUUUUUUUUUUUAACUUUUACUAUUUCAUUAAUGUCACAAGAGAAACUGGAUGGUUAGUAAUCCAAGUCAUGGAGGAGUCAUGUAGACAGAAAUCCCUUUGGCUCCUUCUUCCCUAGGUGGAAGAGAUUUUGAGUUCUUCCAGAGUUUUGCUUAGGUUAGUGGUUUCUGAAUUGAGUGGACUCUCUAGGUAGGUGGUUCCCUGUGAUUGGGUUGAUAACUCUUCCGACUCUGAAAAUGAUCUCAGCCAGUUCAUGCUUCACAUGCUUUGAUCUUGCAUCGGGCAAAGCUCUGAGGAGCAUGAUGUCCCUGAUGCAGCAUUGCUGAAGGGCAUCGUGAGCAAAGUAAGUUUUCCACUUGUUGAAGUACUUUGGCAAGCAGGGAUCCAAAACAAGCCUGGUUGCUCUUACUUUAGCAGUUUUUUUUUGCUUUUUUUUUUUGAGCUGAGGAUUGAA